AUGAAUAUAGAUAAAGAAAUAAAUAAUGUAAUAGAUGUGAAUAAAGAGGUAAAUAAAGUAAUAGAUAUAAAUAAAGAGAUAUAUAAAGUAGUAUAUGUAGAUAAAGAGAUAGAUAAAAGUAAUAGAUGUGAAUAA